UUAUUUUAUCAAUUUUUUUUUUUUUGCAACUCAUGGUUCUUUGUGUUCAAUUGUAUGGCUCUGAUGUGAGUUUUCCAGUGGCGAAUGUGAGAUCAGCCAAGCAGUAAUCGCUCCCGCUGUCGCCAUGGCCGCCGCGUUUGCUGCUCAGGCUGAGCUGGAGUCCGCUCUGCUGACGGUUGACAGCCCGGGGGAAAAAGAGCGACUCAUCCUCCAGCACGUCAGGGAGAUCGAUGGCAGGGGGGCGGAUUUCAGAGUCCCUGAGUUUGAAGAAGGUUUGGAGUGGAUAAACACUGAAGGACCUCUUCUCUUACAUAGAGACCUCUGCGGUAAAGUGGUAGUGCUGGAUUUCUUCACUUACUGUUGUAUCAACUGCAUGCACCUGCUGCCAGACCUUCAUGCCCUGGAGCAGAAACAUUCUACUGAAGAUGGGCUGGUAGUAGUUGGUGUUCAUUCAGCGAAGUUUCCAAAUGAAAAAGCUGUUGAAAAUAUUCGGAGUGCUAUUCUUCGCUAUAAUAUUACACAUCCAGUUGUAAAUGAUGCCGAGGCAAACCUGUGGCAGGAGCUUCAGGUGACGUGUUGGCCAACGCUUGUAAUUCUAGGUCCAAGGGGAAAUAUGCUGUUCACUCUUAUUGGAGAAGGACACAAAGCAAAGCUUUUCCUGUUCGUUUCUGCAGCAUUGAAAUAUUACAAAGAAAAAGGAGAAAUUAAUAAUCAUGGAAUCAAAUUGAAAUUAUACAAAGAUUUCUUGCCACCUUCUUCUUUGCUUUUUUUGGGUAAAAUUACAGUGGAUAAUUCUUCAGGUAAACUAGCAAUUGCUGAUUCUGGCCAUCAUAGGAUAUUGGUAACUGAAAAAAAUGGACAAGUUCUUCACUCCAUUGGGGGACCAAAGAGUGGAUGGAAAGAUGGGAGCAUUUUUGAAGCCACUUUCAAUUCACCUCAGGGGAUAUUGAUGAAGGAUAAUAUCAUCUAUGUGGCAGAUACUGAGAACCAUGCAAUAAGAAAGAUUGACCUUAUAACAGAAAAGGUGACCACUAUAGCAGGAACUGGAAUUCAGGGAACGGACCAAGAAGGUGGCAAAACAGGAAUGGAGCAGUCAGUUAGUUCACCGUGGGAUCUAGCUUUUGGCUCUUUUGGUGAUGCGAAAGACAAUGUUCUGUUUAUUGCCAUGGCGGGCACUCAUCAGGUAUGGGUCAUUUUUUUAGAAGAUGGAAAACUUCCAAGGGGAGCUGAGUACAAGAAAGGAACUUGCAUUCGUUUUGCUGGAAGUGGUAAUGAGGAAAAUAGAAACAAUUCUUACCCUCAUAAAGCAGGAUUUGCUCAGCCAUCGGGCUUGUCUGUAGCUCCUGGGGAACUCAGUUGUCUUUAUGUCGCAGACAGUGAGAGCAGCACAAUACGUUCUGUAUCAUUAAAGGAUGGUGCUGUUAAAAACCUGGUGGGAGGAGAAAGGGAUCCUCUGAAUCUCUUUGCUUUCGGAGAUCUUGAUGGUGUUGGAAUGAAUGCGAAGUUGCAGCAUCCCCUUGGAGUAGCUUGGAAUAAAAAACGGAAUUUACUGUAUGUGGCGGAUUCCUACAAUCACAAGAUCAAAGUAAUAGAUCCAAAAACAAAACAGUGUACUACACUGGCAGGAACUGGUAAAGCCAGCAAUGUAAUCGGUCCUGACUUCAGUCAAGCUACUUUUAAUGAGCCGGGAGAUGUGUGUGUCGGUGAAAAUGGGAAUGUCCUUUUUGUAGCGGAUACCAACAAUCACCAAGUUAAAGUGCUAGAUUUGGAAAUGAAGACUGUCUCUGUGUUGCCAAUCACUUUUGUCGAUGCUGUGGACUCUUCCUUACCUAUAAAACCAAAGAAACGUUCUCGUUUACCAAAAUCUGCUGUUUCGGUGCACAAGAGUCCAUUAGUUGUAAGACCAGCUCAAACACUGCAGUUUUGUCUCAAAAUUGAACUUCCAGAAGGAGCCAAACUCACAGAGGGGGCACCAAGUUUCUGGGCUGUUUGGGCAGAAGGGCACGAGUGGCUCUUUGUGGGCCAGAAGAUCACUGGAGAAAUUGUUAAUCUUGAGAACGAACCUGAAAUCAUCUUUGUACUUCCCUCUCAAGUACAGACAGAUGGACUUGUGUUAUCAGUAGAUGUGUGCCUCUAUUUCUGUAGUAAAAAUAAUAAUAAUUGUCAAAUGAAAGGAAUCUCAUUUAAACAACCAUUACAGUUCUCCAGCACAUGCCAGGAAACCACUUUAAAAGUGGAUCUUCCCUUCAGCUUUUAAAUAAAUAAAAACAGUUAAUUCUUAGAAAUUUCUGUCCUGAUAAAUAAAGAAUUAGAAACAUACAGAUAUUUAGGUUUGACCCAUUAGAAUAGCUAGGUAAAUUUUAGCAUUGAAAUAAUGAGUUAAUAAACAGAAUGGUUAUCUUUGUUAACAUAAGUUUGAAACUCUCGGCAUGACCUAGUGAUCUAAAUUCAGUUGGGAGAGGCCUACUGUUGUAAAAAUCCCAACUUGCAUUUGGCAUUGAAAUUAACAGCAUUAUAUCUGUCACAAAGAAAGCUAAUCUAGAUAUGGAAAUAGUGAUUGAUCUUUUGCAGUUGCAAUUGGACUCAUUUUGGGAAAGACCAAAGAGGCAUUAUUCUGCACCUUGCUGGACUGCACUAGAGCUAAGAUUGUUUUGUUACGGAAACAAUGCCUGAAAUGAGGAAAUGCUGAAUUCCCAAACAUUAAUCUCACUUAAUUUGCUAAAUGUAACAUUUAUUUCAGGAAAGUUCAGCCUUUAUUAGUAAUAAUGUAAAAAUAUAUCUGGUUAUUCAGUAAAUUGUAACUGAAAGUUUCUUAUAAAACAGGUUAAACCUGAAGGAAAAUACACGUAACCAAAGUUUUAUCAAAUACAUGAAAGAGCUUUGUGGAAGAGUUGGCUCAGCUUCACUACUUCACUAAUCAUCAGCAAAAAUUAGUUGCAGCAGUAAGAAACCUCUGUGGCAUCUCACAGUCACAAUCAAUGUAAUUUUAUUUUUAAAAUACAAACAGAUGUGACUUUGAAGCAAAGUUCCAAAUCAAAUUAUGAAUGUGGUUAAAAAGUUUACAGAUGCAGAGGUCUGCAUUUUAAUUUCUAUCUAUUGAAGUAUCUAGCAAAGUAUCAGAAGAAUUGGAUGAAUUAUUGAUUUAAAUAAGCUACGUUAGUAUUUAAAGAGUUUCUAAAUUUACACACUGAACUUAUUUGAUGAGUAAACACAAAACCAUUUGGAGUUCUGAUAAGGGUCUAUAAUGAUAGACCUUAUUUUACAGUCUGGACUAAAAAAAAAUAAUUCGGUGCCAUUAAGCCCAGCAUGGAAUUAGGCUUGUUAAUUUCUCAGGAUAGGCAUGCUACAAACUAAAACCAAAGAAAGCUUUUGUAUUCUAUUUUUUUCAUUGUGUUUUAUUCAUUUCUGAAUAUUUGUAAAAUACUCUGUUUACUUUAGGACAGCGUAGCAUUGUAUAGAUAUUCUCUUAUAUAAAUGUAUAGAAUUAGAGAGCCAGUUUUGCACCAGCAAUAAAGUCAAAACCCUUUAGUGUAAAUUGUAACUUGUUUUGUCAUAAAUGGUCAAAGUCCGUUGCAUUAAAUUUAUUUCUAGUCACAAGCUACCAUUUCAGCUCUAUGUGUGCAGUGUGGAGAACAUUUGAUGUUUCAUAACAAAUGUAUUGUCUUGUUUAUUUUGAAACUGCAUUGAACAAUAUCCUGAUUUAAAAUUUUAUACAUCUGCUUUUACCAGUUCAAAAUAACAUGCAUUAAAAGCAGCCACGUAAAAACAGAAAAAUAGGAAUAGGGAGUUCAGUCUUUCAAACCUGCUCUGCCUUUCUUCCUUCAACUCCAACUGUAACCUCUUAAUCAUCUAAUGUCCAGAUAGAAAUCAAUCUUUGCUUUGAUUAGAUUGGUGCUGGAAUUAGUUGCUGCUUUGUGGCUCCAGGGAUUUGGUUUUGAUCUGACUUUUGGUACUGCCUGUGUGCAGUUUUCAUAUUUUGCCCAGGACCAUGUAGGUUUACCCCAGGUACUCCAGUUUCCUCCUCUGUCCCACAGACGACAGACACACAUUAGCUUAAUUCGCUUCUAUAAAAAUCCCAUAGUCUGGCUUAAUAGCAAAAAGAAUCAGAGGAAACAGUGGGCACUUGAGAGAGAGAAGACAGCUUACAAAAAAAAUGAUGAGUGGGAAUGAGACUAUCAGGAUUGUUCCCCUGAAAGCAAAGUUUCCUCAAUCUCUGCUCAUAUGGGAAUCUCAAAAGGCUGUGAAAAGAACCUUCAUAUGCCCUCCAAGACGAGAGCAAUGAAACUGAAGUAAUCCAGUGUGCUUAUGCUAUAGUGAUGCCAGAGGAGCAGGAUGUCUGGAUUGUUGGAUGUUAUUUCUACUAAUUCCCUAACACUCAUAAUUCUUUUUUUGAAAUAGUUAUUAAAUUAAUUUCCCUUUGAACCAGGUAAAUUGAACGUAAAUAUGGAAACUGGAACCCAUAGAGUACAGGGUCCCAGUGAAUGGAAAUGGAGCAUAAAAACAUCAGAUGCUGAACCACUGGGACUUCUGAGCAGCUAGAUUAUGUAUUUCCUUGGAUAAAUAAGAUAUAGGAGCAGAAUUAGGCCAGUUGGCCCAUUGAGUCUGCUCCACCAUUUCAUCAUGGCUGAUCCAUUUUCCCUUUCACAGCUCCACUCUCCUGCCUUCUCCCUGUAUCCCUUCAUGCCCUGACCAAUCAAGAAUCUAUUAACCUCUAACUUAAAUAUACAUAAAGACCUGGCAUCACAGCUGCCUAUGGCAAAUGAACCAAAACAGUUCAGAGUAUUCCAAAUACAGCCUCUUUAAUUUCAGUAAAUUGUAAUUGCAGUAAAGCUUAACAGAAGUGUUAAUUUCUCAGGAAGUACUUUUACUAAUUGUAAGAAUUUUUAUAUUUUAAAUGGGGUAUAAAAAACAUUUAUCUUGUACUUCUGUGCAGGAAAGCUUUAAGAACUCUGAAAAUUUGGAAAUUAAAAUGCAUUGGAUAUUGGAAAUAGCAACUAAAAACAAUGCUAAAUGUAUUUAACAACCAGACAGCUAUGGGGAGGGAGAGACACACACACACACAAACCUUACCUUUUCCUUUAAUUUUUCAGGCAGAUCAGAACUGGAAGGAGUUGGAGGUGCUGCAGAAUUAAAGCAAAUAUAGGCACAAGAAUGUGGGGAAACAUUAGGAGUGCAGAGGCAGGAGAAAUUAACAGGACAAAAGCAUUGGCAAGGCAAACCACAAACCACAAUGUAUCAAAUAAACAGAAGAUAAUUCUAUAGGAGAUGCAAACAGCAUACUAAUGUAGAAGGCAGUGAUAUAGCAGCUAGAAUUACUGAACUGGGGGAACAGCAGCCUACAUAGAUGAUAUGAAGAUGGGAGGUGAAAUUCCACAGCUGAUGUGGUGGGAUUAAAGUUCUGUUAAUUAAAAAAUCAUAUUUCUAGGGGGAAAAAAAUCAAUCUGUAAGAAUACCCAUGAGGUAAGCUAUUCAGCAGUAUCAAAAAAAUGAGUCUCUACAAAACAAGAUACAAAGGCACUCACUGUUGACUUUGAUAAAUCUACACAGGUAUCUGGGAAGUAAUGUCUAAACUAAGAGAGCUGUCUCACUGAUUAAUUCUGCAAGUCAAAUUCAAACCCAUUGUCCCAGAUUCCUCAAGACUCUGGGUGUUGGUCACUCCUACCCACAGGGCAGAUCUACAGGCAGUGGCAAUAUAAUCAGGAUGCAGAGACCCAAGGAGGUCUCAUCACUGACUUCAUGUCCCAUGAAGUCUCAACAAGGACAGUGAUUAUCCCCAAAAAAAGAGUUUAUCACUUCCCGUCGACACUUCAUAGCAAUACUGUUGGCAUCACUACCCUGAAACUUCAUUGGAGAGCCAUCAUGUCUACAAAACAGAUCACAGGCUGAGAUUCCUGCAGUGAAUAACUCCUAUUCUGAACUUCAAAGGCUUGUCACCCUUGUUAAGACACAAGUGGAAUAUUCUCCAACUACAAAGUUGAAUGAAACUCUGGAAACAUCCAGGAUAUCCGAUUCACCAACCUUAUAUAAAAAAAUGCACCAUUGCAAUUUACCAAGAUUCCUUUAUUAGCACCUCUCAGACCCGAGACCUAGAAAGACAGGGGCACAUUAAUGCCUUGUCUGCAAAUUCCCUCCAAAUGUUGCACUGUCCUGAUUUGGAAACAUAAUCACUGUCCUUUCAUCUAAAUCCUAACAAAGGACAUUACAGUAGCAUAGCUAUUAGUACAACACUACUAUAGCUCGGGGCAUUGGAGUUUGGAGUUCGGUUCCAGUGGCUUCUGUUAGAAAGUUGGUACGUUCUUCCCAUGUGCACUUGGGUUUCUUCCAGGUAUUCUGAUUUCUUUCCAGAGUCCAAAGACUUACCAGUUAGUAGGUUAAUUGGUCAUUGUAAAUUGUUCUGCAAUCAGGCUAGGGUUAAAUAGGUGGGUUGCUGGGAGACACAGCUUAGUGGGCCGGAAGGGCAGGUUCCACGAUGUAUCUCUAAAGAUGAACCACAAUCGGUCAUGAAGUCAGCUCAUCGCCACUUUCUCAAGGGCAGUACAGACUACCAAUAAAUGUUGCAUGUCCAAUAAGACCCAAAUCCCAUACAUACUUCUUUUAAAAAAAAGCUGUAGCCUUGAAGUAAGUAGUACUGAUGGGUGUGAUCUGAAAUGUAUUCAAUGUUCAGCCAGGAGGGUGCAGUAUGCCUAAUUAAAUGAUAAAAUGUUGUUUCACAGACUUCCAUUCUAUUUUAUUAAAACAUGAGAGAUAAGAAAGAGUGUAGAGUCGAAAUACAAAGGUAGUAACCAACAUCUCAGAUUCAGGGUCACUCUCUUGUACUGACUGGAGAUAUUGCACAAACUCCAUUCAAUACAAUGUAUCAAUACCCAUCAUGUACACCAUAAACCACACAAAUAAACUGGAAAGAGCAGAUGGCAAGAAAGGGAAAAUAGACAAACCAGCAAUUGGAGAGAUAUAGGGGACAACAGGAUCAAAGAAGAAAUAUACACACAAGGAGAAGAUUUAUUUAGUGAUGACAUUGCUGGAGAUGGAAGAUGAACUGCUAAAUGUGGAACUGCUGAGAGUGAAGGUGUGGAAGAACUUCACAAUUCUUAAGCCUCUCAAAGAUUUGAGAACAGUAAUGCAGGAUAUGGGACAAAUGCAAGGAUGGUGAAGCCUCAGUUGAGAAAAAGGCAUAGAAGAAGAAAAAAACAGUUGAGCUGGAUGUGCAAUGGAAUAGAUUGCUGUUUAAAAGUGAAUAGUGAAAUAAAACAAACACACAAGUUCAAAGUACAUUUAUUAUCAAAGUGUGUAUACAUUAUACAACAUUGAGGUUCGUCUCUUUACAGGCAGCCACAAAACGAAAAAACAAAAAAAAUUAAAAGACCAUUAAACAUCCAGUGUGCAGAGAGGAAAUAAAAACAAGUUGCGCAAACAAUAAAAGUAAACAAAUAGCGUUCAGAACAAAAAUGAGUCCAUAGACAUGAAGCCUGGAGCAGGACACAGCCAAAGACACAAAUUAAUAUAAUCAAUAAUUGUGCAAAGAUCACAAUGCAGAAAACUUAGAUUAAUCUUCAAUAAAUCUUCAUCUAAAACACAAAUACUGUGAGAUAUGUUGAAUAUUCGCUGAAUUUUCUGUCUUUAUAAUUUAAAGGGAGUUACUUAUUCAAAACAGGCUAAUGUUGAAUCUCUCUUUGUUGUUCAAAUCAAUCAUGCACUUUCCUUGUUAAAUUACUGAAUAGAAGAACUUCCUCUCAAUCAUACCCACAAUCAGCCUCAGGCAAUAAAUCAGUAAUAAUUGCAGCUGGUAACUUUACAGUAAAAACAGUUGAUUUGCAAGACUUAUAUAAUUUAAUAGCUACAUGGAAUCAUAUUUAAAGGUAAUUUGAAUAUGCAGGUUAUUCAAUGAUGUGACAGAUGAGCACAGACAGCUGAACAAUCAUUUCUUUCCACCCACACAGGAUGGGGGAGUGAAAAUAUCAGUGCUGAUUGAUGGAAUUGCAUUAAUGGUUGUGUUAGACAAUUGCUUCGGAGGCAAUAUCAAACUAUAUAUUACUAUUUAAAUUUUUUACCGAAAGCUGACAAUCCCGAGCAAGUGUACACAUAAUAUAACUCAAAGAACCUUAACAAUAGUUGAUAUCUAUUCUGACAGCCAGUUAUAAUAUCUCUAAACCAAAUAAAUUUCCAAAAUAUGCAUAAAACAGAAAUCAAACUUCAUUUAGUCCAUGGGGGCAAUGGUUUUAAACCAAAAUUUAUAUGUUGUUCAAAUAGGAAAAUAUUUUGAUUACAAUUACAACAGCAAAUACUUGAUUCUUUAUUUUAAAUUAUUAUUUUUAUUCACAAAGUAUGCAGGAAAAUAAAUUCAUACAGGUAGUAUUCAAGCUGGCAUAGGUUGAAGCUGAAUACUAUGUUCUUGUAAACUGUACAUUCCAGUUUUAACCAUAAUUAAAUUGCUGACUGUUUGUUAAGAUUGUACCUAUUAAGAUCACAAGUGUAUUUAAUUUACCCCUUUUUGUAUUUGAUAUAGCUAUUAAUUAAUUAAAAAUGAA